UCCAAAAUUUACAGAAGCUACGGAACAAGAAUCUCUCUUUGAAUUCUAUCAUUGAAGAUCUCCAUUACAUACCUAAAACCCUAAUCGGAUUUUCACUUCUUUCACGGUCUUCCAAUUCUCCAGAUCCAUUACCAGGGUUUUACCGUUUAGGGUUUCUUGUUAAAGCCCAUGUUCAGGACACAAUGCUCGACCAAGAUCACGAUCACGACCACGACUUGGAUUUCUAUGACGAUGAAUCAUGUUCCAAGUCAAUCAGCGAAACUGUAAAUGGAUCUCACCAUUUUACUAUUAAGGGUUACUCCCUCGCGAAAGGGAUGGGUCCUGGGAAGUAUAUAACAAGCGAUGUAUUCACUGUGGGUGGAUAUGACUGGGCAAUUUACUUCUACCCAGAUGGAAAGAAUGUCGAGGAUAGUUCGGUUUAUGUGUCUGUAUUCAUCGCAUUGGCUAGCGAAGGGACGGACGUUAGAGCAUUGUUUGAGCUUACGUUGUUGGAUCAAAGCGGGAAAGGGAAGCACAAGGUUCAUAGUCAUUUUGAUCGCGCUCUUGAAAGUGGUCCUUAUACUCUUAAGUAUAGAGGAAGCAUGUGGGGUUAUAAACGCUUCUUCAGGAGAACCAAUCUAGAGGCAUCUGACUAUAUUAAAGAUGACUGUAUUUCCAUGCACUGCACUGUUGGUGUGGUCAGAACUCAUCUUCAGCGGCCUAGGCAGCAUAAUAUUUCUGUACCUCCAUCAGACAUGGGCUCAGAUUUCAAGUAUUUGCUGGAUUCUGAAGUUGGCUCUGACAUAAUGUUUCAAGUUGGAGAUGAAACUUUCAAAGCACAUAAGUUGAUACUGGCUUCACGUUCUCCUGUAUUUAGAGCUCAAUUUUAUGGUUUUGUUGGAAAUCCUAAUGUGGAUAAAUUGCCAUUGCAGGAUAUAGAGCCUUUUAUCUUCAAGGCUAUGCUAAUGUAUAUCUACUCAGAUAGACUUCCCGAAGUGCAUGAAAUUAUGGGAUCAGAUUCAUCAUGUACAUCUACAAUUAUGUUGCAACACCUAUUGGCUGCUGCUGAUCGUUUUAAUUUGGACCGCCUAAAACAAUUGUGUGAGGCAAAAUUAUGCGAGGAAGCUAGCAUUGAGACCGUAGCGACUACUCUUCCCCUUGCAGAACAACUCAGAUGUCCUCAACUUAAGGCUUUUUGUUUAAAGUUUGCUGCAGCUAAUUUGGGAGUUGUAAUGAAGUCGGUAGGAUUUAGACACUUGGAAGAGAGCUGCCCGUCUCUAUUAUCUGAGCUUCUAGAAACAGUGGCAAUUGCAGUGGACGAGACAUCGAGUUUAAGAGCAAAGAGGAGUGCGAGCAGCAGCGUUUAUGGGAUGGAUCUUACACAACAGGAGGUGGCAUCUGGGGGUGACAAUCAGAGGCGAUUGCGAAGAAGGCUCUAGUAGUAUAUCAUAUUAUAAUAAAAUUGCUGUCUAAUAUUUUGUUCAUAUUUGGAUGGAUGAAUGGAUGAGUCCUAUCAACAAAUAUUAUAUGGAAAACUCUGGCAGUAGUUUUCUCAGAUGAUUUUGAUAAUUAAAUUAGUGUGGACAUUCCUUUAUAUCU